AUGUGUAAGAGGAACCUAGUGUGGGUGAUAUGUAAAAUGCAGAUCGUGGUCGAUGCCUAUCCUCUCUGGAACAGUGUUAUUGAAUUAGACACUUGGAUGUUUGCAUCUGAGAGGCACGGUAUGCGGCGAGAGUGGUUCAUUCGUGAUCCGGCAACCGGAAAAACUAUGGUGAAAGCAAUAUGGGUAACAGUCAUGAUGAACAAAGAAACAAGGAGACUCUCAAAUUUCACAGAGGAGAUAAGAAGGGAGAUUGAAGUUCAUACAGUGAACCGCAGUCCUGUGGUCAACAUGGACGGCACGAAACUGCAGCGACUUGAUGCAGAGACAGCAGAUUACGUUCGAACAGGGUUGGCUGCAAGUGAUUCCUACUUUGUAGCGUCCCGAGGUGGUGAAACGCGGAAUUUUUCCGCAAGAUGGUACGAUCUGGACGUGAACCACCACGUGAACAAUGUCAAGUACAUCAACUGGAUUCUUGAGGGAACGACCAUCUGCUCGUCAGGGUGUUCCUCGCACUAUACGAUAAGGUUCUCGUGA